AUGAGCGUACUGUCCCUUUUUCACAUUGGCUCCCCGUUUUUACGGACCAACUGCGUAGAUGAAAAAAAAAUUUACGAAAAUUUUAUUUGUUCCGUGUGUCUAGAUAUAUGUCACACUCCAGUGGUGACUGUGUGUAACCACAUAUGUUGCUACAAAUGUUUAUACUACUCCCUCCUACACAAGAAAAAAUGUCCCAUAUGUAAACAAGCCAUUCGAAAUAAUGAGUUGAAGAGAAUAUCAGGGAAAAGAAAAAGAGAGUAUGAACAAUUAAGAAUAAGGUGUAACUUAUGUAACGACGAACUGAAAAUAAAAAAUUACGAGAAACAUUUAAAACUUUGUAAAUACAAAAGGUGCAAAAAUUACAUGUUAGGAUGUGAUUAUUACGAUAAAAGGAACAAAUUAAAAAUGCACGAAGAAGCAUGUGAGCAUAGAUUAAUACGUUGUUCAAGUUGCUACAAUUUAUUUUAUUAUAAAAAUCGCAUUUUCGUAUUAACCCUAAAGGAAAAAUAUGAACUUAACGUCAGGUGUACGUACACGUAUUAUUCUUUUUACUACAACUUAUUAAUGAAUACAAAUUUUAAUUUUUUUAGUUACAACAAAUAUAUGACGAAUAAGUUUUUUUUUUUUGAUAAUUAUUUGUCAAGGAAGUUAUCUGUUUUGGGGAAUUUUCAGCGUACUCUUGAUCGUUUUGUGUGUAAAUCACCUCCUGGACAGAGAGUCCCAACGAUAGAUCGAAGCAACGGGGUGCCCACUCAAAGUAGUGGAGCGGCUAUCCAAAGCGAAAAUAAUUUCUUCAACAACGCAAUUAAGAAUGGUCCAACUAUUUCCUACAGAGGAAGAGCCACUGGUUCUUCCGAAUUGGAAUUCGAAAGAAGUCAAGCUAAUUACCAGGGGUUGCUAAAUUUCUCGCCUCCGUUGGGCAGGGUAGCAGAUGGUGGACCCGCGCUCCCGCUCAGAACUAGUCGUUUGGCUAAUGCCCACAUGGGUGGAAGCGAGGAGGGGGAAUCUGGUGAGAGUGACAACUUGGGGGAGGCGGACGAAUUGGAGGAAACGAGUCGCGCGAGCCAAGCGAGCCAAUCAAGUAGCACGGACCACUCAAACGGCAGCCACCGCUCAAGUCGCUCACACCGCGCAAACCGCCCACGCCGCGCCAAACGGAAUGACCCCCCCAGCGGUGGCAACGACUCUAGUGAGGAAGAACCUUUGAACAUACUGCCCCUGAGGAAAAAUUUCAGUUUCAAUGAUAAAAGCAGCAAGGACAUCAUAGUCAUAAUAAAGGAACUGUUCCAAUUUGAUAACAUAGACAUGAGCGACAUUUGUGUUCACGAUAACGAGGAGUUUUUAUUAUGCGAUAAAAAUUGUUUUAAGAGUACAAUUAAAAAUCUUAAAAGCGAAUUGGAGCAGUCCCUCGUGCUUUUAUAUUUUUGUUGUUGCGUGGGGAUGCCUGCGAUGUUCACACUUGGCUGCAUGAGCUACAUCACGACCAAGGGGCUAUUUAAAUUCUCCUUCUUGUUGGCCAGCACGUUCAUCAGUUUGUCGCAGCGCCUUUUUUUUAAGUUUUUUUACAGUUAA